GAUAAACCUCAGCUCCUCAAACCACCAGUUACUCCUGCACAGGAGCGAACAGUACAUCUGAGAGAGCCGUAUCGAGCUACAGUCACGGAGACGGGAUUUGCGCCUGUCACACACGGUUUCCCAGAUCAGCAGUUCUGCGCUAUGCAAGAAAACAAGAUGAGACAACUUGGGAACUAAAAGAAAAUUGGUGUUGGGAAGGCGCGGCCUCACACUGGACAAUUCCGCUUCAUUUCCUCGCAUCCCUGGAGAACAAGCCAGGUCAUCGUUCAUUUCAAGAGAUACUACAGCAACUGACGGCAAUGGAGCCGUCUCAUCUGAACAACAGCUCCAGCUCUUGGUUAUUAGAGGAUCCCGUCUGUCCGACCUCCCUCAGCAGCACCACUUUCCUCAUUGUAGCAUACAGCACCAUGUUAGCCGUGGGCCUGGUGGGCAACACUUGCCUGGUUUUAGUCAUCGCACGACAGAAAGAGAUGCGAAACGUGACCAACAUCUUCAUCGUCAACCUCUCAUGCUCUGAUAUCCUUGUUUGCUUAGUGUGUUUGCCAGUCACCAUUAUCUACACGCUUAUGGAUCGAUGGAUUUUGGGCGAGGCUUUGUGUAAGGUGACGCCAUUCGUCCAGUGUAUGUCCGUAACGGUUUCGAUUUUCUCCAUGGUUCUCAUUGCCUUGGAAAGGCACCAGCUCAUUAUCCAUCCCACUGGUUGGAAACCAGUCGUCAGACACUCCUACCUGGCCGUCGCGGUUAUCUGGAUCAUAGCUUGUUUUAUCUCCCUUCCGUUCCUUUCAUUCAACAUCCUCACAAACUCGCCCUUCCACAACCUCAGUCUCCCCUUCAACCCGUUCAGCGAUCACUUCAUCUGCAUUGAACAAUGGCCAUCUGAGGGCAAUCGGUUGACUUACACAACGACGCUGCUUCUGUGCCAAUACUGCUUACCACUGGCGCUCAUUCUCGUCUGUUAUUUCCGCAUAUUCCUACGUCUGAGUCGGCGUAAAGACAUUGUCGAAAGAGCUCGGGGUGGGCGGCAGAAGAAGGCCAAAGGCUCAAAGCGAGUCAAUGCCAUGCUAGCCUCAAUUGUAGCAGCGUUCGCCCUCUGUUGGUUGCCACUAAAUGUUUUCAACACGAUUUUUGACUGGAACCAUGAAGCAAUUCCCGUUUGCCAGCACGACGCCAUUUUCUCAGCAUGUCACCUCACCGCCAUGGCAUCGACUUGUGUGAACCCAGUGAUUUAUGGAUUUCUGAACAAUAACUUCCAGAAGGAACUGAAAUUGCUGCUUUCCAGAUGCCGCUGCUGGGGGCCACCCGAGAGUUACGAGAGUUUCCCUUUGUCCACUGUUAGUACGGGCAUUACCAAAGGGUCUAUCCUGAGCAAUGGCUCUACUAGCACUUAUCAACCACACAAGAAAAACAGUCUGGAACAGAAAGACACUAUUUAAAUGGUGUCCAAUGUAGUACAAGGCAAUGUACCUAUGUACAUUUCAAGCAUUCGUUGGCUUGAGAACACUGCCAGUCAAUCUGUGCAAGUUUUGUGACUGAAUUUGAGGUUUGGACAGAGAAAAAGAACUUGUUGCUAUUUGUCCACUUGUCUUCUUAAAACGCAGAAAUGGUCUGAAGCAUAUUAAGGCAAGGCUUAUAGCUGGGCUCUGCAGAGGAAGACCAAGUACUGAGAAAUAUCAUCGCAAAUUGUCUUGAUGUUUUAACCACUGCUCAAAUGACUAUGGCCAAUUAAACAUGCUGGUUUUGUGGCCAUUAAAUGGUGAGUUCGCAAUGGCACAGAAAGCAGUUUUUCCCAAUUAGAGCAAGGUUCUGUCUGAGAGACGUUAUAAUGAAAUACUGAGUGGAGGAGGCCUUUCUUCUCAUUGUUUUUGUCUAAGUUAUGCCUGUGGAAGGAGCGUGUGUCUUGGUUACAGCAAAAGAAAUGAACUAUUUUGGUUCUUUUCACUAUUAAAGUGAUAGUUCACCUAAAAAUAAACAUUCUGUCAUCAUUACUCAUGUUGUUCCAACGCUGUGACUUUCUUUCUGCUGUGGAGCACAAAAAGCACCAUAAAUGUAUCAUAAAACUAGUGCGUAUGACUUGUGUGCUUUAUUCUGAAAUCACACAACAGUUUUGACAUGGUAUUUCUGUCAUCUUUAACUGAAAUUCUUCCCACAGUGAGCUUUUAAUGACUUGAUAUGAAUUAGUGAACUGAUCCAGAUCAGGGGUACGUUUCCCGUACAACGACAUGACUCGCUGACUAACCUCCAUAGUACGAUACAUUGUUGUGGGAACAAACUAGCUUGUCACCACUGUUUCCCAAACAUGGUCGCAUCUCCGUCGUUUGAACCACAUUAGUUCAACAAUGUAGGGCCAUUGUUAAUGAUGUCACCUAGUAAUAACUUAUGCUAUUUAACUGAUUAGAGAUCUCUAAAAUGUAGCUAUUUUGAACAUGGCACCUGAUGACUAAUUUACUACUUUUUGUUUAAUGUUUGAUUCAUUGCGGGUUCCGUCUUAUUUCAUACUCCAGGUUUCCCUUAGACAUGCAUGCACAUGCGCACUAUUCAAAAACGCCACCUACAGUGGACAUGCAAAAAUACAUAGAUACAUGCAUUUAUAUUUAUAUUUAGAUAGAAUGGAAGAUAUACAUUGCACUGCGUGCUAGCUUGCUUACUGUACCCUAGAGCAUAACUUAUUGAACCUAUAUGUCUUAUUAAAAAGGAACUAUGCUUUGAACCACAGGUCGAGAAUUGUAGUUCCAACCACAUAAAGCUGUGACGCGGUUUGCGAAUGUUUGUUUGAACUAUGAUUUCGGGAAACACAGAAUCGCUGAACUAUGUUGGUAACGAUGGAACUUGCAACCAUACUCCAAAGCUAUCAUAUGGCUUCAAAAAAACAUGAAAGAGAGCACAUGACUCAUAUGGGCUACUUUUAUAGUAUUUUGUUGUCCUUGAACGCUUAAGUCGCUAUUUGUUGAAAUUGCAUUGAAAAGACUUACCUUUGUGUUUCACCAAGGAAAGAAAGUCAUGAAUUUGGAAUGACGUGAUGGUGAGUAAAUCAUUUUUAACUAUUUCUUUAAAGGAAGGUACAGAACUAGCAAUAUGUGUAUAAAGUGUACAUUUACAAACAGAUAUAAUAGUUAUAUAUAUUACUUAUUAUGACUAUAUAAGCACAUUCUGUCGUUGAUUAGGAGUAGAAUGUCUGCCUUUUCAAACAGGUAUGUACAAUAAUUUACACAUUUUGUUGCUCUGUGUGGCAGGUGUAAGUGUUAGUCAGUAUAAACACACUGUGUCCUUCGCGGAAUGGCUUUAUUUGCCAAAGCUAUCCAUGUGAAUUACAGAUUCAGUUGUUCAUUUGCACUAUCACUGGACUGUGGAUCUAACCUAAACAUUGUGCAUGUGGUAAGUAGCAUUUGUAAAAACAUAUAUAUUUAUAUAUAUAUACAUGUAUACUGUGGGUGGCCAAAACAUUAUCGAUUUAUUAAAAUAAUAACACUUUGAAACAAUCUGCAAAUGUCUAGUAACAUGUAUAAAGUAUCAAUCAACCUUAUUUGAACUUUCUGAUCUAGUAUUCCCAUCAUGAUUUAGUAUUAGGUUAUUUAACCAAGAUUAAGUGGUUUAGUACACCCUUGUGAAAAAGAAGUGUGCUUGUGUUGAAUGUGAGCUUGCAGUGUUCUUAAAACCUUCAAAGUAUAUCAAAUUGUAUUUGCAGAUACAGUAAUAUAAUAUUAAUGAAAUAAAAGCCAAGUUAGGUGUACUUUAAAAUAGUUAACUUUCAUGAAUGUUUCUCAACACACUUUAGUACCCUUUUAAAAAGUGCAUUUUACUUGUUCAAGUACUUGACUAUAAUUUUAACUGCAGUGUGUUAUUAAAUAUUAUGGUUACACUUUACUUUAAGGUGUCCUUGUUACAGUGUAAUUAUACAUUUAAGUACUGAGUAAUUAACUGCAUGUAUUUACUAUACGGUUAGGGUUAGGAUUAGGGUUUGGCUUUGGGUUACUUGCAUGUUAGUAAUGCAGAAUUAAUUGUUAUUAUGUAACGUGUAACAAGGACACCUUAAAAUAAAGUGUUAUGAAUAUUGCAAUAAAAAUUAAUUUGUUUUAAACAUUCUAAAUUGCAACUUCAAAUAUAUUUAAAUAGAAAUGACAUUAAAGUAAAUUUAAGUUUAUCAUAAAUUCUUGUCAGUUCAUUACUGUAUUUCAACUAAGACAUCAGGAGUAAUUAUGAAAUUACAUAUAAAGAUAUAUUUAAGUCCUACUUCAGUGGGUCAAAAAAGUACUCUUAGGUUCAAUUAAUUGCAUUUAAUAUAAAUGUAAAGUAUAAUAUUUUUUGAAAAUGUUCAUUUUAUUGCAGUUAACAUACAAUCAAGUGUCUGAAAACAUUGCAUUAAGUUCACACUGUAACAGUAUCCCAAAGUGUACUUCUUUUAAACAAGGGUAUACUUUACAUCUAUCAAUAUAUACAUAAAUAUCUUGCCAUCCUAAGGUUUCUAUACUUUUUCUUUUGAAAUACUGGUGGCACAUUAGUUAAAACAAUGCACCGGGUUAUCAACCUCGUUCUUGCAGUUCUCCUCAUAAUUUGUAUAUUUUUUCAUGACAUAAUGCCACAUAAGCUGCUAAAAAGUAGUCUGCUGUGAAGGUUUUGCAAAAGGACACAUAGGCUGCGUGUACACAUGCAAGUCUUAAUGCAUAGAUCCGAUCUUUUCACCAUAUCCUAUUUUUUGGCCCGCCUGUUUACAUUCACUUAAUACGCCUCAUAUCCGAUAUCCGUGUGUACACUAAUCGCCCGCAUAAAAUUAUUCCACUGGCUUUCACGACCAUGAGCGCAACGACUGACCCUCCAAUUCUGGAUGGACUUUUGCAUAUUCUUAUUUUCCAAAGUCUGCAAAAGUAUACCCGGCAGCAAAUAAUUAAACAAAGAAAGCAAAAAUCAGAAAUAAUAGCGCGCAUAGGAUAACCAGGCAGGACAGGCAGGAGUGGUGAAACUAAGUUGACUCCUCUGACGAGAAGGAAACCGUACAACAUUUUUGCUUAAACAAGGCUAGCUUUGAGUUUCUAUGCGAGCGCUUUCGCUUUCUUUGUUUAAUUAUUUGCUGUCUGGUGUACUUUUGCCGAGGCCUGUCUCGCAAAUGCAGAUUAUGACUUUCAACGCAAUCCGCUGUGGAACAAAUGACUUAACUGACACAGAGAAUCGGAUGUGCGUGUUUAGACGUAGGUCGGAUGUCCAGAUAUCGGAUAUGUAUCUGAUUUAAAACUACAUUUGGAAACGGCUCAGAUCGGAUGCGAAAAAAAUGGUAUCUCGUACAGAUUUUUGUGUUUACACCUGUGCAUCAAAUUCCGAUUUGUGUCAGAUGUGGGCAAAAAUCGGAUUGUUUCUGCCAGUGUAAACACAGCCAUAGACAUGAUGAACAUGACAGGCUAUGUGGUCACAUGUCAUCAUUUGAGACAGGGCCUGAGUUCCCACUGGUGAUAUCUAGCUUGAUAUUAAUCUAUUAUUUCCUCACCGCUUAUUUCUGUUACAGUUGAGUCCUCAGAGACACACUGCUCUUAUCAUUUAGUAAGCACUCGUCAAAAUAUAGCACUGAUAGCACAUUGACUAUAGCGUUUGGUCACUUCUAACACAUACUGUGUAGUUCUAUAAGUUUAUUCUUAUUGAUUGUGUUUUGCUAAAAUGUUCCAUGUUGGUUUUAAGGCCUGACUGACUGAUUUAUGUUUUAACUAUACAAGCUUGAGGUUCUCAAACGCAGGGUUGCAUUGAGUUUCUAAAGAGUGAAAGGCAUAAAUGUGUUGCCAUAAAAACUUUGUAACCAUUCACCUGGAAAAGUUAAACAUUCAGCCACCAUUUACAAAGAUAUUUAUGGUGUGAUACAGUAUAUUUCAGAAGCGUCAGUAAUUUUCCUCUCUCUGUUUUUCACAUAUUGGAGGGUCAGUUAUUGACUGGACAGCCUGCAGUGUGGAAAACCUAUAUUCCAGCAAUACACCUUUAGAAAAUUGCUUUGAGGUAUUAAUGUGAAUCAAUACUUUUUUCUCAUUUUCUUUUUAUUUUGCUGGCCACAGUGAGUGGAGUGUGCCUGAGGUCAGUUUUCUGUUUAGCAUAAAGCUGAUAUCUGGCCUGCUCGCAAUAAAGCAUUUACAAUAGACCUGCCAUAAUUACACAUAAGUCACAUACUACAAAUUUCCAUUCAUGAAGCUGAAAAAUACAGUAUAAAAAUACUGUUUACAAACCCAGUUAAGUAUCUGAAAAUCUCCUGAGCAUUCACAUGUGGAUAUUUAUAAUGCUGUUCAGGAUAAAUGAAUGUGCCAUACACAGCUUACAGAAAUUAUAAUCAUAAUUAAUUUACAGCUCAGAACUAUUUAACAUAUUCACCUUGAUUUAUUGUCUUACAAGUAGUUUCUACAUGAUCCAGAAUCAACAAAAGACUAUUAUUUGACUCAUUAUGGCCUCAUUUCCUAAGACGAACCAAGAAUUAUGAGUAUUAUGAGUAAUUAAAAUGCUGUCAUUUGCAUUAAUUGCUUUGGUUUGUGGAGAAUUCAGAUGGCCGUCUAAUGAAAGAUCAGCAGAAAUCUCCUUAACUGUGUAGUCAUUUGUACAUUAUUCAUGUCAUUGGAUAUCUGGUAAUGAUGUACAUAUAAAAUGGACCAAAGUUUAUAUUGAAGUUAUGUUGGUGUUUUUCCUCAAUUACAUUUCCUUGAAUGUACUUUCAUGUAUAUUAAAACUUUUAAUGUCUA